AUGGCGACCCCAACCCCACAACAACCACCAAACCCACAAGCCCCCCGCGAAGCAGACUACGAACGCUUCAAAAACUACGCCGCAAUCACCUUCCUAAUCGCCUCGCCCGUGCUAAUCGCCCUCCCACCCCGCAAAUUUGACCAUCUCACCGUCCUCCUCGCCAGCGCAUUCGCCGUCUCCGCAAACCACAUCACCCGCGAGCGGACGGGGCGCAGUAUCGUCGAGCGGAUCGAGGCCCGGAUAGCCCGGCCACCGACUAUUAUGCGGGAAUUGCCCAGUGAGCGCGCAGAGGAGAUCCAGGCCCGACUACGCGCUGCGCGGGAUGCACAGAUUCGUGAGGCGGAGGCUCAAGUUCAGGCUGCCUCUGUCAGUGGGGAGUUGGAGAAGUUGAAGGCGAGGCAGAUGCAGGAGAAGGGUGUUGCGCAGAGGGUUUGGAUGGGUGGGGAGGAGGAGGGGGUGGAUGGAGAAACGGUUGAGGAAGGAGAAGGAGGCGCUUGA